AUGUCCUCCGUGUCCAUAAAAGAUUUUGCCUAUGACGCCGACCACCCGCUCCACUACGGCAUCACCAACGGAUACAUAGAAGACACCAGCGAACGCGUGAUACAGGCGGUGGCAUUGUACCCGUUUGAGCCAGAAAACGAGAACGAGCUAAAACUGGAGCAGGAUCAAGUCAUAAUCAUCAACUACGAGUACGGCGAGGGUUGGCUUGUGGCGCACGACCCGGAGUCGGGAGAAACAGGGCUUGUCCCGUCGGAAUACGUGAGCAUUUUGGACGACGAGCCUGAGGAAAUAGACCAGCCAGACGACACUGAGCAACACAAACACCAAGAUCCACAGCCACAGAAACCGGAGGAGGAAAAGGCCAAGCCGUUCCUGCCGGGAAUUCUCCAGGAGCUCGGAGACCUCAAGAUUACACAGCAAAACACAGAUAACCAGGAAACCAGCACAGAAUAA